UCUAUGCUAUUAUAGUAUUAUAUUAUAUAAUGCUACUCUUCAAGUAUGUAAGGAAAUAAAAAAGACCAUUUAAAUUGGUUUUAAAUGUUAAUAACUUUAAAAUCCACUAUUAUAUAUAUUUUAGUGUAGAGUUUAAGUAUCGAUUUCUAAUCACGGGCAAUGAUUUCCAAAGAAAUAUUUUAUAAACUUAAUAAUCUUAGAUUUUAUAGGAAAUAUUCUCCAAACUGUAGAUAUCUUAGUAAUGAUAUUUGGAAUGAAGAGUUGACAAUAGGCUUAAAACUAAAAAUUGAGAAAUACUGGAAAGAUAAACUAUGUAAAGGUAGUUUUGAUAAAAAUAAUCUCGAUAAAAAAUUUUAUGUUUUGUCAAUGUUUCCUUAUCCGUCUGGCCACUUACACAUGGGCCAUGUUCGAGUGUAUGURAUUGCAGAUUCAAUUGCUAGGUUUCAUCGCAUGAACGGACAAAAUGUAUUUCAGCCUAUGGGAUGGGAUGCAUUUGGACUUCCUGCUGAGAAUGCAGCUAUACUACAUGGCUUACCAGCUGAUAAAUGGACUAGUUCAAAUAUUGAUCACAUGAAAAAACAGCUUCAAGAACUUGGAUGCAGUUUUGAUUGGUCUAAUGAAUUAGCAACCUGUGAUCCAACCUAUUAUAAAUGGACUCAAUGGUUCUUUCUAAAAAUGUUUCAGACUGGACUUGUUUAUUCUAAAGAAGCUGAAGUUAAUUGGGAUCCAGUAGAUGAAACAGUGUUAGCUAAUGAACAAGUAGACGAAAAUGGACGUUCUUGGCGGUCUGGUGCUAUUGUCAAGAAAAAAGUACUGAAACAAUGGUUUAUAAAAACAACACAAUUUUCCAAAGCUCUGUUUGAAGGAUUAAAUGAUCCAUCUUUAGUGGAUUGGAGAGAUAUUAUUAACCUCCAAAAACAUUGGAUUGGAGAAUGUGACGGAUAUAAAUUUGAUUUUCAACUAUAUACUGAUAAUGUUUGUAGAACAAUACUCAAUGUUUGGACACAAAAUCCAGAACAUAUACCAUUAGCUGCAUUUAUUUGUGUUAAGCCCAAUUCUUUUGUACAUCAAUAUUAUGUUCUAAAUCAUAAAAAUGUGUUCAUCAAAAAUCCAAUUACUGGCAACCAAUUACCAAUUUUAGUUACUGAUCGUGUUGUAUAUCCAGAGGGGCAAGAAUCACGCUUAGGUGUGCCACAUACAAAUUCUAUUGAUAAAGAAUUAGCUGAARAGCAUAAUAUUUUUCAUUCUGUAAAUCAAAGCUCACAUUUAUCUAGAGAAAWGAUUUGUGAAAAAGCAAAAGAGUUAAAUUUURGUGGUUAUCAAGUAAGUUCUAAAUUACAGGAUUGGUUAAUAUCUAGACAAAGAUAUUGGGGUACACCUGUACCAAUUAUUCAUUGUACUAAUUGUGGAGCUCAAGCUGUACCAGAAGAUCAAUUGCCAGUCAAACUGCCCAUGCUUGAUGUACAAAGUGGUAAAAAAUUUAAAUCGUUAGAAUUAGCUGAAGAAUGGAUUAAGACUACUUGUCCAAAAUGUGGUAAAGAGGCAAAAAGAGAAACAAAUACAAUGGAUACAUUUGUGGAUUCCAGUUGGUAUUAUAUGAGAUAUUUAGAUCCUAAAAAUAAUUUUCAGCCAUUUGAUAAGACUUUGGUCAAAAAAAUGAUGCCUGUUGAUUUAUAUGUUGGUGGAAAAGAACAUGCUGUUUUGCAUCUAUAUUAUGCAAGGUUCUUUAACCACUUUUUACAUUCCAUUGGUUUAUCUCCUUGUUUAGAACCGUUUAAAAAACUAUUAGUUCAAGGUAUGGUGAUGGGUCAAAGUUUUAAAAAUAAAAUUAAUGGAACAUAUUUAAAGGAAGAUGAAGUAAUUAAAAAAGGUAAAACAUAUUUCUCUAAAGAUGGUGACUACCCGGUUAUUGCAACAUGGGAAAAAAUGAGUAAAUCUAAGCACAAUGGUGUUAAACCAAAGAAUACUAUAAAUGAAUAUGGAGUCGAUACUAUGCGAUUAUUGGUAUUGUCUAGUGUUGCACCUACAUCUAAUAGAAAUUGGAAUUCUGAUACAUUUCCUGGAAUUUUAAAUUGGCAACAUAGAUUAUGGUUGACUAUAAGAGAAUUCCGAACUGUUAGAUCUAAUGAAGAUGUUCAAAGACAUACAAUUGAUUCAUCUAUAUUUGAAAAAGAAGAAAUGAAAUUACAUGAUGCACGUAAUUAUCAUGUUAAAAAAACUUCAAGUAACUUCAGAAAAUCAUAUCAAUUGAGUGUAGCCAUUUCAAAAUUACAAGGGUUGACCAAUAUUUUAAGGAAAUCUCCUAAAGAGUUGAUUAAGUAUAGUGCAGAAUAUGAAAGAUUAUUGGCUGUUCAGAUAAUAAUGUUAACUCCAAUGGCUCCACACUUUGCAUCUGCUUUAUGGAGUGGAUUUGUAUCUGCACCAGGUCGCAUAAAUCAUAAAUGGGAACAAAUUAAUUGGGAAAAUGAUGUAAUUGAUCAAAAAUGGCCACAAGUGGAUAGUGAUUAUAUUUUAAAUUUAUAUUGUGUGGUUAACAAUGCUGUUAAAUGUGUAUUACCAAUGCCUAAAAAAGAAAUUUCAUUACUUACUAAAGAAACAGCUAUAAAAUUAACUAUGAAUCAAGAUAUUAUAAAAGAGUAUACAUCAUCUUGGAAUAUUAUUGAUAUUGGAUACCAGUCAUACGAGGACAAUGAUACAUAUGUGUUUAUUAAGACUGACCGGAAAUCUGUUGCAAAGACUAAAUCUACUAGUUCCAAAAUUGUUAAAAACACUAUUUAGUUAUAAAAACAUAAAUAUUACUUUAAAUAUUUAUUAUAUAUUAUACAUCAAUAUAGAAAUUAAAUAAUAGUAUUAAAGCAAGUAUAUACCAUAGAAUCUAGAUACUCCAUAUACAUCAUAAGUGUAAAAUUAUGUUUGUAAACCAAUCUAUUUUAUACAUGUAUCAUACAUGAUGUAUGUUACAGAAGUAAAAUAGUGUUCUUACACUAAAAUGCACAUUGCAUAAUUAUAUAAAAACAAAAAAAUAAUGUUAUGCAAUAUGUAGUUCUUGGUUUACUUAAGUAAAAGAUAAAUUGGUGAAUAAUUUACCAUUAUAUACUGAAAAUAAUAUCUAGCUUCUUAAAGAUGUUAGAAUGGUAAACAUGUAAUGUAGAGUAUCAUAAAUAAUCUAUUACAGCAGUUACCAAACAUUUUUCCCGUGGUGCUCUUUUUUGAACCAAAUAUAGCCACGGUGCUUUGCUGUAAAUAUCUUAAAAGAUCCUUAGUAACAAAUUUUUGAAAAAAAUCCUAUGCAUUUUAUAUUAUUUAUUAUGAGCAGUAGACCGUGGUGACCCUAGUGCACAUUUUGGGAACCAUUAAUCUAUUGGUAUUUAUAUUGAAGUUUAGCCUGAAAUGAAAGUUUGUAACAACACAAGUUCCUAAUACAUAGAAUAAGUUUGUGUAUUAUGCACAAACCCUAUUAAAAGGAUAUUGGCACAAAAUUUGUUUUAUCAGGAAUCGGAUCCAUAUGCGACAUAGAUAAUCCACGAGAAUUGUUUUUUCUAUGAACUUAGAGUAAUUGUUGAGUAAAAAAACCAAUUACGAAAAUUAUAUAUGAUAAUAUUUUUCAGGCUUUGACAUAU